AUGUCGACCCAGAGCGUGGCGUCGUCGCCGAAAUGCGCGCCGUGGGCGCAGGAGAGGCGUCCGUUCACGCGCCCGAUCGACAUCCCGUCGGUCUCGGGCGCGGUGGACAAGUGGGGAGCGAGCUGCCACCGGGGCGGCGAAGAGGAGGAGGACGGCGAGCGUGGCGGCGAGGUCGAGCCGCCGCACGUGCUGAUGGCGCGGCGCAGGGCGGCCUUCUCGGUGUGCUCGGGGCAGGGGCGGACGCUCAAGGGCCGGGACCUCACGCGGACGCGCGACUCCGUCCUCCGCAUGACCGGCUUCAUCGAGGGCUAA